AUGAGCAAGUCGCUGGGCAACCUGGUUUCGGUUGAAGAAGCCCUGGAUCGGUGUAGCCCCGACGCCUUGCGUAUCUAUUUCCUCAGUUCCCAUUAUCGCAGCCCGUUGCAAUACAGUGACGAGGGCUCGGCCGCGAUGGAGCGCAGCUUGGAUCGCUUCCACCACGCCCUGCGUCCCGUUGAUGCUGGCGAGGAUGGUAUACAAGACAACGAAGCGCUGGAUGUCGAUGCAUAUCGGGCACGAUUCAUGGGGGCUAUGGACGAUGACCUGAAUACCCCUCAGGCGAUCGCUGCCUUGUUUGACCUGGCCCGGGACAUUAACCGGGAGAUGGACUCAGGCCAUGCCGUGGCAGCUGCCCAGGCAACGCUCAGAGAAUUGGGAGGCAUCCUGGGAUUAACGUUUGAAGAGCGGUCUGUGGGCAGCGACGAGUUGGCGGCGAAGCCUUUCAUCGAUUUGCUGGUCAGCACUCGUACCGAACUCCGGCAAGCGCGUCAGUUUGCCCUUGGCUGA